AUGUUUGGAAUCGUUUUGUUGAAUGAUUUGGGUCUGUGUAGGAAUGUCUUUGAUUUAAAUUGGGUUCUUGUGGGAAAGAAGCAAUCAAUUCCAUCCAAAGCUCAGUUGACAGUUACAUUGUUUCAGAGAGAGAAGAUGCUGCCAAGGGCAUUAUUGGCCAAAUUCAUUCAAAAAUCCUCCAUUGUUUCUCCUUUUCAAUUCAAUCAGCAGAGAGCAUUGCAUAGCAGGAAUAAGAAAGCAUUGGAGUUCAUUGCUAAAGGCUGGAAUGCUUUGAAGGAGGUUGAUAGAGUUAUAGAUUAUUGUGAGCUCAAUGAUAAGCGCCUCAUUCCUCUUCUUAGGACAGCUAAGGAGAAUUUUGAGCUUGCUUUGGAAGCUGAUAACACCAAUACCCAUGCAAGGUAUUGGUUGUCCAGAUUGCAUAUGAAAUACCAUGUUCCUGGAGCUAAUAAAGCUGUAGGGGCAGCAUUAUUGGUAGAAGCAGCAGAAAUGGGUGAUCCUGAUGCACAGUAUGCGUUGGGUUGUCAUUUAAGAGUUGAGAAUGACUAUGUCCACUCUGAUCAACAAGCUUUUUAUUAUUUGGAGAAAGCUGUGGACCAGUUGCAUCCCGGUGCCCUAUACCUUUUGGGUGCUGUAUAUUUGACAGGCGACUGUGUCAAGAAAGAUGUUGCUUCGGCAUUGUGGUGUUUCCACAGAGCAUCUGAGAAGGGUCAUGCUGGGGCAGCUAUAGCAUAUGGAUCUCUUCUUCUUAAAGGUGUUGAGGUUCCAGAAUUGUUAAUAAAGUUCAGUUUGAAGAGAGGUGCAGUAGCUCAUAGACGAGGGAGGAGUAAGGGAAGUCUUGCAAUUGACCCAGUAGAGAUGGCAAGAGAAAAGUUUCACAUAGCGGCAAAAGCAGGGUGUGAGCUUGGAUUCAAAUGGCUUGCAAGGUUAGAGGAGGAAGAGAAACGGGUACUCACGGAAGGACUUUGA